GGUCUGGGUUUGUUCUUACCGCCGUGCUUCUUUUCUUACCUUUCGAAGUCUCCUGAUCCACUUUGACAUGAGCAGCGAGCGUUCACUUGGACUGACAACGGCAUACAUUUGGUGUACUUAUACUCGACCGUUCAUGCAUUUGACUCUGCAUUGUCCAUCAUGUACCCAAAAGUCGUCGCGCUAGCCACAGACUGGUGUAUCUUUUCAGGACACCUCGACAAGAAGACUUGGGGAAAGGGACAUGGAACCCUCCCAAAAAUUCAAGACAACAUUCUCCGAGUGAAUGAUCACUUAGUUCGAGACCAAACCAAUGCGAACCACAAGUGCCAACUCUAUCCUGACAUCCCUCGAAUCGUGGCCGACAUCCUGAAAAAUGGCGCGAAGCUUGCCAUAGCUUCCCGAAACUCGAGCAAAGACAUGAUGGACAGGGCGCUAUACUUCUUCAAAGUCAAGGAUCAACACGGAAAGGAUCGUCGCCUCAUUGAACUGGUCACUUACGACGAGGUGUACGACAAGGAUAAGACAACCCACUUCCGUGCAAUCCACGGUUACAACAAGGAGCCCUACAUAGAUAUGAUUCUCUACGACCAUAUGAAGCAGAGCACUAAGGUUGAAAUGUUGCUAGGCGUGACCUUCCAGUAUUGUCCCAAUGGGUUGUCCUGGGACGUUUACCAGGAAGGGAUUGCCACCUGGCGUCGUACGAAAGCCCUUCAAAGUCCAUGGCACGGUCUCCAGCUCACUUCCUAUCCAAAGCGAAAGUUUAUUGGUUAUUCCGGGAUGGAUCUCGGCACCAUCGAACUCCUUGAGAAGGGCGGUAGACGUCACGACAGGAAAGAGGCGGCACGAUGGGGGUAUGCGAUGUACGUUGCAGACGACCCGCGCGUUGCCAAAUACUUCUCAGACUGGAUCAAGAAAACUGCAUUUGGUCCUCAAGCGAAGACGAUUGUCUGCGAGAUCUAUGCCAGAGACGGUGAGAAAUGGGACAAGAUGAGCAAGAUCUGGGUACCCGAUCAUCGACAUGACCUGAAGACGGACGUCAGAAAAGACGAGGUGACGGUUGCGACGAGCGAGCUGAAACGCGACAGCCAGGUUGCGAAGUGGGGAGUGCACCGUCCCUACGUGCUCUUCUCCAGGCAUCCUAACAUGGGAAAACGGGAUGGACUCCAGUUCCCUAUCCCCCAGCCGCAGCGUUUUAACGAGCUGGUGAUCUAUGGCCAGACGCAGGAAAACCUCAUCGUUAUCCGACGUAUGACUGAUGCCCAACUCAACCAAGCCAUCAAGGAUAAGGUGAACGUCCAGUACGAACACAAGAUUGCUGAAUGGAAUAUCACGAUGCCCGAGGAGACGAAGGCGGAUUUCCGGACACAUCAUGAACAUUACUAUUAGGCGCCCCAAAUAUUCCUUACGACUUCCCAUAUUUAAUCAUAAAUGUCAGUCGUCUUAGGGUCAAAAAAUUGAAAGAAUCGACUACUGUAAGAUAUAUCUAAGUACAUAUCCAACUGCAUACGAUCG